AUGUGUGAAUAUAUGAAUGGAAGUCGAAUAGCUCGAAGGAGUCAGGUAGGAGCUAGAUAUUUUGAUGAGUUCCGCUCUCAUUUUUGGGAAAGACCUGAAGAUCCAUUCGAUAGAAUCCGUAAUAUGAAUAUUUACAACCGCAAAUGUAGUAGGAGAGGUUCUUCACCAACACCUUCUAUUGAGGAG